GAAAACCAAACCGGACCGGACCAGAAGUAGCGUUGGAUCUGAACUUCCGACUUCGUUCUGCCAAUAUGACUACUCGAUUAAGUUCAGUUUAUUUGCAGUAAGUACCAGCAUUAGGCAGAUGGAGGAGGCAAGGAAUAGAGCCAUAGCCUACCUUACCUCAGGCCUGGGCCAGGGCGGAAAGGCCGAGGCCCAGUUGAUGGCCAACUACCCACUGCCACUGUCCCAGAAGUACCGUCACCUCAUGGUGGAGACCAUGCUUAGGGAAAAUGUGUCUGGCAGCAGCAGAGCUCAGGUGUUGGAUUCGUUGAAUAAUUUGGUGAAAGCCUUGAGCAUUUUGGAGAAGUAUGGCUUCAACCUGACCAGCGUCACUAGGCCCAAGUUCUGGCGCAGCGUCAAGCACAACAAUCCGGUCUUCAGAUCCACCGUGGACGCCAUCCAGGUUUUGGGAAGUACCGACUUUGAAAUUGUGCGCGCAGCGGACCAGUGCAAUCUGUGCGGCGGCUCGGCAGUGGUCGUGUGCCCUUCGUGUGCCAACCAAUCCUUCUGUGACGCGUGCGACGACCUCUUCCAUCGCCACCCGGCAAGGACCAGUCACAAGCGAGAGCAAAGACUGAAAACGAUGCAGGGAAUGUGUUCCAUCUGCGGCGUGUCACCCGUGCAUGCUCAGUGCGCCACGUGCGAGCACAUGCUGUGCCUGAAGUGCGAUGGCCUCUUCCACUCGCACCCCGAGCGCAAAGGUCACACCAGGACGGUGCUCACACCCGCCAAGACGAACAGCUCAACGCCUUCCAACGCAGAGUGGCAGUGUAAGAGCUGCACUGUCAUCAAUCAAGGCAGCAGCAUCCUGUGUGAGGUGUGUGAGCGCCCCCGUCUGGCCCCUCGCCCUUCGAUCAACCCGGUGUUUUCCAGCCCGAGUUCCAGUACGGACACCCGCGAGCAGUCUCAUUGGACGUGUCAGUUCUGCACCUUUGUCAACCCCCCGUCCGCAGAGGUGUGCAAGGUGUGCUGCUCUCCGGGUUCACCGUCAGAUGGACCCCCGCAUCCCCCGAAGAGCUCAGGUGAUGCCAAGCAUCAAGGCAACCCGCCCAGGCCCAAACCAAGAGCCAGUUUGGAUCUGAAGAGGCAGGAACGCAUGAGGGAAGACGGGCUCAAGCUCGUACGCCAGAUCAAAGAAGCCGAGAAGCACGGCAUCAGCCCCGAGGAAGUGUACGCCGCGCUACGCGCUUGUGGCGGCAGCAGCAUGGACCCAUGUGAUUGGCAGGCGUCGGAACUGCCGCACCUGCUGGACGAGCUUUGCGCCAUGGCCGCCUCCGUGCAGGUGAGCGCCUCGGCCGGUGGCGAAGGCGUGAAGCUGUCCAGAGCCGAGGCCAAGCUGGCCUGGUUGGCAUCGGGGGGCGACACCGAGCGAGCCGUGACGCAGCUGCUCAGAGACCGACAGAUGAAGAUGACGGAGCUCCACUCUCUGGGCUUUCGCGACGCAUGCCAAUGCGAGAAGGCCCUGCUGCAAAGCGGCGGCGAGGUGAAGGGAGCCCUGUCCGUGCUGCAGCGACCCCUACUGGACGAUUUCCAUCAGCGGAUCUGGAACGAGCAGCCCGAGCCGCCCGUGGACCCCAACCACCCCAACAAAGAGCGGAUGUGCCGACGUCUGCUGGCGCUGUACGGCCUGCCCAGCUGGGGGCGCUGCGAGCUGACCCUGUCGCUGCUGCAGGAGCCCGGCGUGGCCUACUCGCUGGAGGACGUGGUGCAAGCGGUUAGGGAGUCACACGACCGCGACUUCAUCAGGCGUGUCCUCAACAAUAAAUGUCCGUGCUGCCUCAGCAUCUUCCCUCGGAGCAAGAUGCAGUCUCUGACGUCGUGCCAGUGCUCGGUGUGUCUGGACUGCUUCACGCAGCACUUCACCAUCAAGGUGCGCGACGGGCACAUCUGGGAAAUGGUUUGUCCCAUCUGUCGCGGGCCCGACAUCACUGAUCCCGAGCAGCUGGACAGUUACUUCUUCACGCUGGAUAUCCAGCUGCGGGGUUGUCUGGAGCCUGAAGUCUACGAGCUCUUCCACAGAAAACUGACGGAGCACGCGCUGAUGAAGGACCCCAAGUUCCUGUGGUGCUGCCACUGCGUCUCGGGCUUCAUCAAUGAAGGCGACCAGCUGAAGGUGACAUGUCUGUCGUGUUGCAACAGCUUCUGUGCUAAGUGCAAGAAAACAUGGGAGCCUCAGCACCAGGAUCUGACCUGCGAGCAAUUCCAUCAGUGGAAGCGGGACAACGACCCCGAGUACCAGAGGCAGGGCCUGGCUGGCUACCUGAGGGACAACGGCAUCACCUGUCCUCAUUGUCGCUUCCAGUACGCGCUGACCAAAGGCGGCUGCAUGCACUUCACUUGCUCCCAAUGCAGGUACCAGUUCUGCAGCGGCUGCAACAACCCUUACUACACGACGGGCUGCAGGACCGAACAUUGCCACUUCAAGGGCUUCCACACUCACCAUCCUCGCGAUUGUCUCUUCUACCUAAGAGACUGGGAGACCACACGGCUGCAGGCGCUGCUGCAAAUGAGAGGCGUAGAAUUCAACACUGAACCUUCUGACGAACUGCAGGCGGGCACGUGCGGCGUGAUGGAGCAGAAAGAUGAAGGAGGUCAGCUCGUGGACUCGCCCUGUGGCAUCCAGACUCAGCCGGGCCAGGCCGGACUCUGCGGCAAACACUACGGAGAGUACCUGGUCAGUCUGAUCAACGCCCACUCGCUGGACCCCGCACUUCUCUACGACGCCCACGACCUGAUCCGAACCUGCGAACGCCACCACGUGGACACGCAGAGGGCCGACAACGAAGACGACGACGCCUACCACGCUCGACUGCGCAAGAAACUAAUGGAGAUUCCUCUGGGUGAAAAGGUUCCCAGGAAUGCAACGCACCACCCUGACACAAGCUGAGCCAACUUCCGUCUGGCGUACGCUGUGCAGUGUACACACGCAUAUAACGGUUAUUUUGAAGUAGCUGCAUACCUCAUGAGUUAAUGUUCAUAAAGUUUGUCAGCAAAGAAGAAAGAUAUUUAGUUGGCAUUAUCUAUCCCGUUCCUAUGUACUUAACUGUGCCAAGAUGAUCAUUUUUGUGCUUUAUUGAUGAUCAAUAAAAAUAUACUCUCCGAACAA